AUGUCCUACACCCCUUUUCUCCAAACCCUUCACCCUUUGCUCCACAUCUCCAAUGGGGGACAGCAGGACUCCUAUGCAGGAUGUGCUGCCCAGACCUUCCUGUUUGUCUUUCUGAUAUCAGCAGAAUAUUCCAUUCUCACCAUCAUGUCCUAUGACCGCUACGUUGCCAUCUGCAAGCCCCUGCACUACGGGACCUUGAUGGACAGCAGAGCUUGUGCCACCAUGGCAGCAGCUGCCUGGGCCACUGGGGCUCUCAAUGCUGUAUUACACACUGCCAACACAUUUUCACAGCCUCUCUGCCACGGCAAUGCUGUGGAUCAGUUCUUCUGUGAAAUCCCUCAGAUCCUCAAGCUCUCAUGCUCAAAAUCCUAUCUCAGGGAAUUUGGACUGAUUGUGCUUAGUGCACUUGUGUUUUUUGGGUGUUUUGCUUUCAUUCUGUUCUCUUAUGUGCAGAUCUUCAGGGCCGUGCUGAGGAUGCCCUCUGAGCAGGGACGGCACAAAGCCUUCUCCACCUGCCUCCCUCACCUGGCCGUGGUCGCCUUGUUUCUCAGCACUGUGGUGUUUGCCCACCUGAAGCCCUUCUCCAUUUCCUCCCCAUUCCUGGAUCUGAUGGUGGCAAUUCUCUACUCGGUCGUUCCUCCAACACUGAACCCUAUGAUCUACAGCAUGAGAAACAAGGAGAUCAAGCAUGCCCUCAGCCAAGUGUUGCAGCAUGCAAUAUCCCAGCUGCAAGAAUGUGCACGACUUCCUCACAUUGUUCCUGUGAACGUUCUUUAUAUUUUAUGUAUGUAUGACUUUUUGUCUCUUUGUGUAAGUGCAAUACAAUAA